AUUCGAAAAAACGACCGUCAAGAACAGGGAAAAAUUUUAGCGAAAAUAAACGAUUUUGUAGCAAUAAAUUCAACACCGCAGCUGGUUGAAUGUCGUCGUCAGUUAACGCUGAACCGAUGAGGCGUGAAAAGUGAUAUCCAGUCGAUCCAGUAUGGCGUGAAAAAGUGUCGAAACUACGGCAGUCAAUCGCCCAUCGAACGCGAUACUGCAAAGGAAUCCCUUUUGCAAGUUUUUCCGUUUUUCACUACCCGCCACCACCCUUCUCUCCCCGACCCCUCCCAUCGUCGCCUCUCGGUCGGGCUCAGCCAAAGAGGGGUUCUUUCUUCCUCGGAAAAUCUUGCUCGCUGUGGGGCAGAGUCCUCCCCGACCUACCAGCAUACCGUUCGCUCGGAAUAGAAGGAAAUACAUCGCUUGCGGAAAGGUGGAACACAUCAUGGAGAAAGAUGAACGAUUUUUUCGGAUUUUCCCAGUGCUCAGCAUAAAACUACUGAAAAAUUUGGUAGUGCAGACAUGGAAAGUUUAAGUGGCGCAAAGAGAGUAGUGAGACAACAGAAACGAGUUCGUAAUGGUGGAAAAUUUGGGCCAGUUGUUGGGAAUGAAGGAAAGGAUUAAUGCGUUUAGAGGACAACGAAAUGUUGAGUUAACAACAGCAGAGGAAGUGCUAUGGAAAAUUCUAUAGGGGCGUUCUUUACAGAGAAUCAAAGAGGAAUAAGUGGCAAUAGUGAAAAAUGUAUUUAAAUUGCUUUGUGUAGUAAAUGCAGGGGAUCAAAUAAGUAUCAAAAUAUUUUUUCGCCAUUGAUCGAUAUUUCUAAUAUUCGUCGACAUUGUUAUUGUUGUUGCUGUCUUCGUAUCGCUUUUUCUUUGCCAUGGAACUUGAGCACGGAGUGCAGGUGUCGUAGCCGUGUUAAGCAGAAGAAUAUGUGGGCGUUGAUUGUGACGGGGCGAGUUUCAUUUCUCUAAACAAAAAGGAUAUGUCUUCUAUGGAGGACUGCUCGGAGUAUAGCAAUCCUCACCACCAUCCGCAACAGCAGUCUCACCAUCGUCAUGGACAUGCCCAACAGCAACAAAAACAACAACAGCAACAUCAUCACCAACAGCAACAUCAUCAGGCCAAGCUACCAGCUGCGUUAUCAUCCAGCUCACUAUCACAUAACCAGGCCUCGGGACCGACUCUACAAUCGGCAGGCCCACCAAGUUCAAAUGCUACGCUUACUCGAGGCAGUCGCAGAUCCUCGUAUGGACCCAGCCAUUAUCAACAACAGCUGGUUCAACAAACCGUAAAUUUCCACGAUGGAUUAAGCUUAGGGGAUAACAUCUCCGUGGGUAGUGGCAGUAUUAUUAGCAAUCAUUCCGGGCAACGCUACAUGCCUGACCUUCAGUACGGCACACUGAGUAACCGCAUCAUCCACCACAACGAGCGGUAUGUCCUCGACGACAGCAGCUGUUUGCAACCGCCCUCGCCUGCACCGAGCAACGAUCACUACGUCAUGGGUAUGCCAUCACCAUCGCCAACGGCCGCUUCGCACCACUACCCUGAUCGGCAUUAUGCGCUCCAGGCGAGGACAAUGAGCCCAUCCAAAAAUAGAUAUCGACACAGCCUAACCGAGAAUUACCGCGAUAUGUCACCUCAGUGCGAUCGCUAUAUUCCACCACCAGCCCAUUUCCUGAGCACCACCAAUCCACUUGCAGCGGCCGACAGUUAUGGAUAUCUCAACUCCAACGUACACACUCCAGUUAAACGCUACGUACCAACUCCACCGCCGCAAGAACCGACUUACCAGCCCCAAACACAUCUGAUGACAGCACUACUUACCCAAACUGCAGUGAAUGCAGCAUCGCAGCAUAGGAACAAUCAUCUCACCAGUACCUUGCCGUACCGUUUUCGUGUAAAAUCGUGCCCAAACGAGCAAACUAUUUCGCCACCCCAGGGCUUCGAUACAUCCGAUCAUUACGCCACACCACCACGUGUUCGUCCCCUAAAAUGUCCGUCUUCCCUAACACCCAGCUGCUCAGCGUCUGGCUCUACGCUGUCGUCCCACACCAUAAACUCCGGACGUCAAUCCCGUCAGAGCACAGAAUAUCUGAUAGCACGUACUCCCAGCGCUGACUUUCUAGAUCAACCUUCAUGUCGUGUUUCCACUCCAGUUAGUGUGAUGAGCGAACCCAAUGGUAGUGCGUCAUGCUUGCACUGCAACACUCUACGUAGAGCUACAGGAGUUCAUCAGACCACGCAAACUAGUGGUCUCAUAAGCCCACAACCAUUGUCCAUUUCAUCAGCGACCGAGUCAACAGGCCGUCAAUCCCCAAUGAGUCCAGCUUCCAUAUCGUCACCCAUCACUACAGCUCAAUCAUCGAAUAGUUUACAUCAGUCGCAGCACAAUCAUCAUCAACCACAAUCUCAGCAACAGCAACAACAACAACACCACCUGCAGCAAGUUUCAUCCAAUAUUAUGACUACAACACAGUCACAGCCACAGAUAUCACUAGAAAGUUACAAUAACCUGGAGCAUAGAGAUAUAUCAACUAUUCCUCGAAAUCACGCUAAGCAACAUCAACAGACACCAUCACAACAGCCGUCGACGCAUUCAUCUGAACAGAGCAUGAUGACUAACAGCAACAGUCGAUCUAUACUGAUACAAUAUCAGCAACAAAAUAUAAUAUCACAGCCACUACCACCACAGCAACAAGUACCACCACCGCCAGCAGUACAAUCCGUACCACCGCAGCAAAUGAUCCCACAACAGUCACCUCAAGUACAGCAGCAACCAACGCAACCGUCGCAAGCAUUGCCAGCACCAGUUUCGCUUCCAGGACCAUCCAUGCAACACCAUUCACCGCCGGUAGCCGAUUCUCCGGCAUCCACAUUACAGCGUAAUGUCCAACAGCAGGUCCUACGACCAACCGGGCCGAGUAUGUCGCGCAAGCAACGUAUCAAGGAAUACAUGAAGCACGAAACGGCUAAAUUCUUCGGCGUGGAUACGCUCAAUGAAGAAUACGAACUGCACAAAUGGGAUGAUCGCCAGAAGCGAUUCGCUAUCCGACGGUUCGGGCCGUUGAAAGACGAAUUCGAUUUUUCAUAUCGCAACAACAAUGCCAAUCAGAACGCUGCGGAAGAGCACGCUCCACCUGUGGACAGACCGGAUGUACUACCAGCCCAAAGCCAGGAUGAGCGUGACACAGAGCAAAAUCGUCGACAACGCGCAAAUCCGCAUUGCACCUACGAUAACGGCGCUGACAAUUUUAUGGUUAAAGCGGAACGAAAACCAUCGGCUCCGACGGUGAUCUGGAAUGGGAUUUCAUUUUUGAUUCAAAGUAUUACCAGGAAACACCUGCGAAAACAAAAGCAAUGGUCUCGCAGUUUUGCUCCGGCACACGUUGAGCUAACCAGCGAAGACAAUGAACACUGUGAUGGUCUUCAACCAAUCCAGGACGAGGAGCCCUUUUUUGACACGCCGGUUCCAGCAGCUGGUCCUCAGCCGAACCCGGGUCAAAUCGUGGAUAACUCCCGUCAAUUGUUCAUAUCAGAUGGCGACCGAGGAUUGGGUGGUGGUAGCGGCAUUAUCAACGGCUGGCGAACGCGAUCCUCCGAACUUCAACUGCAAGCUCGGGAAAGUGCCAACGGAGCGCUAGGGCAACGAAUUUCCUCCCACAUUCUAGAUGGGGUGCUGGAUAACUCGAUGCGUCCGAUAGGAAACAGAGUGAAGCUCCUCAGACCAGAUCUGCUGGACGAUCGUUACGAUUAUAGGCCGUUUUUUACGUACUGGAUUAAUACGGUUCAAAUUCUGGUGCUGGUUGUGUCGCUCAUCUGCUACGGCUUCGGCCCAGUCGGAUGGGGAAUGGAAGACAAGACGGCUCAGGUGCUUGUCACCAGUUUAAAUCUGCAAGAGGUCCAUCAUCGAGAAUCACGUAAUGUGUGGAUAGGAUUGAAAAAUACAGACAUUGUACAUUUGGGAGCAAAAUAUGGAACUUGUAUGAGACGAGACUCACGAAUAUCCGAUGUGAUUGCAAAGACUAGGAAACAUGAGAGGGAGACGGCGUGCUGCAUCCGAAACGACGAUUCCGGCUGUGUUCAAAGUUCUCAAGCGGACUGCUCAAUGCGUGGGCUAUGGCCAACGGUAAACUUGAUUGUCCUGAAGUUGUUCCAGGGAUGGCUCAACCAAAAUUUGGAUCUUGAAUCUUUUCAGAAAACAAUUGCCACCUGGAAAAAAUGGUCGCCGGGAGACUCGGGCCCUGGAGGUCGCAUCUCCGGCAGCGUGUGCGGCCUCGAUCCCAAAUACUGUGAUGCUCCAGCGUCGAUCGCUCCACAUGAAUGGCCGGAUGACAUCACCAAGUGGCCCAUCUGCCGCAAGAAUAAUCAACUGUCGCAACGAUUCCGCUUCAAGGAUCACACGGCCGAACACAUGGUGUGUGAAGUGAUCGGGCAUCCUUGCUGCAUCGGCGUGUACGGGGAGUGCCGUAUCACUACCAGAGAGUACUGCGACUUCGUCUCUGGAUAUUUUCACGAGGAAGCGUCGCUUUGUUCACAGGUAUCCUGUUUGAAUGACGUUUGCGGGAUGUUUCCGUUCAUCGCCAGUGAAUAUCCAGAUCAGUUUUAUCGCCUCUUUACGUCGCUUUGUCUACACGCAGGCAUCAUACAUCUAGCAAUCACCGUUGCCUUUCAGCAUUUGCUGAUGUCGGAUCUAGAGCGGCUCAUUGGACCACUGCGGAUGGCGAUUCUUUACAUAGGUUCCGGAAUAGCGGGAAAUCUAACUAGUGCAAUAUUUGUGCCGUAUAAAGCUGAGGUUGGUCCCCUGCCAUCGUUAGCAGGUGUACUAUCGUCACUGAUGAUACAGCUGAUACUGUGUCACUGGAAGAGCUUGAAGAAACCGCACGUAGCUAUGAUCAAAUUACUAGUUAUCGGAUGUAUAUUGUUUGGGUUCGGAACGUUGCCCUGGCAGGCAAACUUCACCGGACUGAUAGCCGGGUUAAUCUUCGGCAUUGGGCUUACGCUGACCUUCGUACCGUUCGUCAACGUAACGAAGCAUAGUAGAAAAAGCAAAAUUAAUCUAAUUUGGACAUGCGUGGUGCUGCAGUUAGUUGUGUACGCUGUGAUGUUCAUCAUCUUCUACGUCUUUCCCUUGUUGUUUUCGUCGUUAAAUUUCAUUGACGGAAAUCAACUGACGGGUCAUGGAUCUGCACAUGGAUACCACGACCAUUACAACAUUUACGAAAGCUUUCCGAACUACAAUCCCAUGAACGGAAAUGGCCACGGCCAUAAUCACGGUAAUGGUGGUGGAAUCAUCAACAAUGGGAAUCCGUAUGUGACAACGUACGAUACGAACAACAAAUACAAAUCACUACCGGGCCACAAUGGCGGUAUUUUGCACAAUCAUCACGAAUACAGCGGGGGUAGUAGUGGAACAGGGGGUGGUGGUAUCAGCAUGUCCGGCGGUAUCAAUAGGAUUAGCAGUAGCAACAAUAAUAAAAAUAAUUUAAUGAAAGGAUCUUUGUGUGAGAAGGGACAAUGUGCCCAACGUCAGCCGCGUAGUGCUGACACGAAUGCAUGACGUCGAUGUUUUCUCCUGUUUACGUCAUUGGAGUUACUUUUCGUCCUGUUUGUUCUGCUGGCCCUGUAUGAUGUCGAUGAUUUCCAGGUCAUUUAUCAGUUCAUCAUGUGAUACAACCGACAAAGUAGUGACAAAAUAUAUUCAAAUUUUAUAUCUAACUUUCAAACCACAAUGUGAUCUUAAACUGUAUCUUAGUUGAAAACACUUAGUUUAAAGAGGGCGCAUUAGAACUCAUAUGUACACCUUUAAUCGAAAAAUUAUAUUAAACAAUACGAACAGUUACAUUAUAAGAGACCUAUCACUCGGUUAUGCUUACGUUCCCUAAGUCCUUGAACUUUUCUUAAAUUUACACGAUUUUCUAAUACUUAUAGUAAAUAUUAACAUUUACAAACACACACAAACAUAAAGUUAAAAAAAAACAGUGAAAACAUGCGAUUGUGACGAAUGUGAGUAAACGAAAACAAUUCUUAGAAUUGCCCUCAGUUAGUUCGAAUAGCUAUCCUUCUAUGAUAUUAAUUGAACAUAUGGUAUGAAUUUGAAGAGAUAAAAAAAUAAGAAAACAAACGAAGCAAACAAGUGAAAACAUUUUUGAUUUAUAAACUAACACAAGGAAACAAAAACAAAUAACAGUAAAACAAGUCAAGGAAGAAGUGUACGCAAAUUCUAAUAAAACCUCUAUUUCAAU